AUGGAACACAAGGCGGCUGAUGCCAGUCAGGCUGAUCCUGCGGUCGGAAAUGUCGACGCAGCGAGCGAGGGUCGUCCGACUUCCCUCGUGCAGCGACUGUACACAAAUUCCUGGUUCCAGAUCGUGCUCAUCAGCUUCAUCUGUUUUUGCUGCCCUGGAAUGUACAACGCCCUGAGUGGCAUGGGAGGCUCUGGUCAGGUAGACCCUACUGUGGCAGCAAACGCAAAUGUUGCCUUGCUGUCGGCCACCGCGGCGACGGCGUUGUUCGUUGUCGGCCCCAUCUUCGACCGCGUCGGGCCAAGGAUAUGUCUCCUGAUCGGGGGAUGGACAUAUCCUUUGUAUUCAGGCAGUCUCCUAUGCUUCAACCGAACCGGCAACGGCGCUUUCGUCAUCGCCGCUGGCGCAAUUCUCGGUAUUGGAGCUUCCUUCCUGUGGGUUGCUCAAGGCGCGAUCAUGACUACAUACGCCCCUGAAUCCCAGAAAGGACGGGCCAUCGCCACCUUCUGGAUCAUCUUCAACCUCGGCGGAGGCGUCGGUUCGCUCGCCAGCUUUGGCCUCAACUACAACUCCAAGAGUGGGACAGUCUCUGACGGCACAUACAUUGCCCUCUUAAUCAUUAUGGCCUUUGGCUGGUUCCUCGGCCUGCUUAUCUGCCCCCCAUCGUCGGUGCGCCUGGCGGAGUUACAGCCCACCCCCGAAAGCGAGAAGAGCUGGCGACGCGUCAUGACGCAGACGGUACGCACCAUCGCCGACUGGCGCGUGCUCUGCAUGAUCCCGCUCUUCUUCUGCGCCAACGUCUUCUACUCCUACCAGCAGAACAUCGUCAACGGAAUGACCUUCAACAUCCGCACGCGAUCCCUGAAUGGCGCGUUCUACUGGAUCGCGCAGAUGAUCGGCGGACUCAUCAUGGGCCUGAUUCUCGACAUUCCCGGGCUGAGUCGGCCUGUCCGCGCGAAGAUCGGGUGGGCAUUCGUGUUUGUGACGGGUAUGGCCAUCUGGGGCGGCGGGUUUGCGUUCCAGAAAUGGCUGGGUGCGCGCAUGGCCACAGGCCACAAGCAAGACAUCGACUACACAGACGGGGAGAUCUCCGUCGGCCCGAUCUUCCUGUAUAUCUUCUACGGCGCGUUUGACGCCUUCUGGCAAUCUUUCUGUUACUGGUUGAUGGGGGCGCAGUCGAACUCACCCGCGAUCGCUGCUAUUCUGGUGGGCGCGUAUAAGACGUUCCAGGCGACGGGUGGUGCUAUGGCGUGGCGGAUUAAUGCGCUGGGCAAACCGGCUAUGACGCAGCUUGCGAUGGAUUGGGGGCUUUGUAUUGGGGCUUUGAUUGUCGCCGUGCCCUCGGUUCUGGCAGUUACUGUUACCAGCACGACUUCGAGGGAUGAGACUGCUCCAGAUGGGAAGGAGGCAUACGGUCGCGAGGUGUGA